AACUCCGUCGCUCCGAUGAAAUUAUUUUGCAUUUUAAUACUGUCUCCCUCUGCAAGAAACCUCAGUAGUCUAAAAAAGCUUUGCUCCUUCCAGUUGAACCGCAGAUUUGAUCUUCCAGCACAAAAAUGGGUGACAGUCAAUACUCUUUCUCUCUUACUACUUUCAGUCCUUCUGGAAAGCUUGUUCAGAUCGAACAUGCCCUAACAGCAGUUGGAUCGGGUCAAACGUCUUUAGGAAUUAAAGCUGCUAAUGGUGUAGUUAUUGCAACAGAGAAGAAACUACCAUCUAUUUUAGUUGAUGAAUCAUCUGUUCAAAAGAUUCAGAUAUUAACGCCAAACAUUGGUGUUGUUUAUAGUGGAAUGGGUCCUGAUUUUCGUGUUCUGGUUCGAAAAAGCAGGAAGCAGGCGGAGCAAUAUCACCGCUUAUACAAAGAACCAAUCCCUGUCACACAACUUGUAAGGGAGACUGCUGCUGUUAUGCAGGAGUUCACACAGUCUGGUGGUGUUAGGCCUUUCGGAGUAUCAUUGUUAGUUGCAGGUUUUGAUGACAAAGGCCCACAAUUAUAUCAGGUGGAUCCAUCAGGUUCAUAUUUCUCUUGGAAAGCUUCCGCUAUGGGAAAAAAUGUUUCCAAUGCAAAGACGUUUCUUGAGAAGAGGUAUACAGAUGAUAUGGAGCUUGAUGAUGCAGUCCAUACAGCAAUAUUAACACUGAAAGAAGGGUUUGAAGGACAAAUCUCAGGCAAAAACAUUGAGAUUGGCAUAAUUGGUGCUGACAAAAAAUUCAGGGUAUUGACACCAGCUGAAAUUGAUGAUUACUUGGCUGAAGUGGAGUAGCUUGUUUCUCUGUGGCUGCGGCUUGAGAACUUUCAACUUUAAUUUCAUCAAGAUAGAUACGGUUGGACGUUGGUUCUGUAGUGAAACGUUUGAUCAAGUGCCAACAGAGAGAAUUAUUGUGUUACUGGGCAAUUGUAGUAAUUAUUGCCUUUUCAGUUAAUGGGAGUCUACAUGACAGGAAUUGUUCACAUUUAAGUACUAAAUUUCUUCCUUUGAACAAAUGCUGAUAACCUCCUCCCUUGUAUUUUUCAAAUUCUGCACUUGAAUGUUUUAUAACUUAAAAACUCCACGGGGAAAAUCUUGCAUGCUAAAAAA